AUGGCAGUUACACGUGGCGCAACCGGAAAUGCGCGUCCCCGCGUCAUCGAGCCAAUUCCCACCUCCCCUGCUAUUAAGAAGCGUCGCAACACCAGCAGCAACACUGCAGCAAAGCAAAAGGCUGGCAACGAGACGAAGCCAAAGGCGACAUCAACGUCUUCCGGUGCUAAGCGUGGCCCAAAGCCCAAGGCCUCUGCUUCAGCGGGCGUCACCAAGAGAGCAGCCAUGCCCACCACUGCGAAGCCCAAGGCUGCAGGCGGAGCGGCGAAACCUGGCAGAAGGCCAAAGGAUCCCACAGCCACGACGAAAAAAGGAGUGAAAGCGACUAAGAAGGAGAAUGCUUUGAAUGCGGCUGUUGAGUCUGCUGUUGGCUCUGGGAACGAUGCUGCUAUUGCUCCCACAACCGCGCCCGCGCCGGCUGCCGCUGAAGUGAUGGCAAAUUAG